GCGCUUGACGUUUCUCGCUCGAGUCGAAGGUGCUUUUAUUCGAAUCGCGAAACACGCUGUUUCUCUCGCGGAUUCAAUUCCGUAUCGUUUAAAUUUUCGUAAUUCCGGUCAGGAAAGUGUUUCGUGUAGCCGUGCCAAAAUGUCCCGGUCUAGUGCACGCGAGUACUCUCGCGACGGCAAGUAUUUUGCCUUCAUCAACAGCCAGGGGAAGCUGGUGGUGUACGAGGUUGAAACGAGCAACGUGAGCCAAAUCUACACGCCCAAUUUGCACCUGAACGUUCCCUGUACGUGCUUUGCCUGGGUUGAGGUCGGUGGCCAAUCCAGCAGUGCCAAGAAGAAAAAGAAACGGAGCAGCACCACCGGGACAGAGGGGGAACGGAAAACUUGUGUGAUUUUCGGAACCAGCAAAGGAACAGUUUCCCUGUACGGUUUAGCAUCGGGCACAGUCGAGAAGGAAUUCGAGGGUGCGGGGCAUUCGGGGCCGAUAACGGCGCUUUGCAUAGAAGGCGAUUGCUUGUUUACGGCCGGGUCGGAUGGAAAGGUUGUUGAGUGGAGUUUGACAAAUUGCGUGCAGCGAAAGGUUCACAAUCUUGGCGUGGAGAAGCUGAGCUGUCUGGUUGUGAUCGAACAAGGAUCGACGAUUUUGGCGGGGUCCAAGCAGUUGAAGCUGUGGGAUUUGGAUAAGGAAAGAGCAACGAAGACGUUGGUUGGCCACACAUCGAAUACGGUUCUGACCAGGAAGAUUGUCAGCCAGGAUGGCGGUACGUUUGUUCUGACGGGUUCGGUGAACGAUCGUAACGUUUCCCUGUGGUCGACCGAGGGAGAUGAACGAACCGCCGUUGGACUGUUUACCUUGGAUGACGCUCCGGAGUAUUUGUCGGCACGGAUGGUGGGAGGGAAGCUGCAUCUGGUGGCCGUUUCCCGAUCCGGGGUGGCACAUUAUUUCAUCAAAAGCUUUGACAAAAUCAACAUUAACAAACCUAUCAAAGCGAACUACACGUACGAAGUGGCCUUGGACACGGCUGGUUCCGGCUCGAAAGCCGUAGAUCGGUUGCCAAUUUUCACCGCCAGUGUCGAUUUUUCUGCAAACCAGGAACAGAUUCUAGUUGGUUACGGUUCCGACCUGAGCCUCAAAUUCGAACAGAUCACCAUCGAUAAGGACCUGAAGCACAAUGUCAUCAUCCGCGAACAGACCAAAGGGAUGCUCCCCAAGGAUAAGUCUGAACGGGACCUGAAAGCGAAAACACCCGCCGUCGAUAAGUCCAUAGCUGAAUAUUUGAACCCGGUUAACGCCAGCAAGAAAUCGCUGAAAACGGUCGAAAUUCCAAUGGAGGCACGUCUGGAGAAUCUGGCCCUGACGGCGGAUGGUGGCGACUCCCGGUCGAGGGCUAGCCAGAAAAAUAUGGUCCACCUGCUGGUGCAGGGCCUCCACAGUAAGGAUGCCGAAAUCCUUCGCAGUGUGUUCAGUAAAAACGACCCGGAACAGAUCCAGCGGACGGCGGAGCGAAUACCGGCCCAAUACGUGAGCGCACUGUUGAACGAGUUGUCCAGCCUGAUGCAGAAGAAAACUGUCCACGUUGCAACGGCCGUAUGCUGGCUUAAGGCACUGAUACACAGCCACGCAAGUCAGCUGAUGGCUUUGGGAUCGGAAAGUCUGCUGUCCAACUUUGGAACCUGCCUGGGGAUAAUCGAAUACCGAGUGGAACAUGCCAACUCGCUUUCAAAGUUGAGUGGACGCCUGGGUUUGCUGGUCAGUCAGAUCGAUCGGACCGAACGGUUGGCCAAGAACCCGGAUGAGGUGGCUAAUCCACAUGUGCUGGUUUACCAAGAGGAAGACGAUUCCGAUGUGGAUUCGGUUAUCGGAAAGGACCACGGCUCGUCAGAUGAGGAGUACGACGGAAUGAUGGACGACGAUGGUCUGGAGGAUGGGGAAGAGGAAGACGAUUAUGAGGACGGGGAGAAUGCUCUGGCUGGCAGUUUUGUCCGGGUGAGAAACGGAACUGCGAAGCGAGGUGACGGAAGCAUGCUGAAACUGAAAGUCGACGAAGAGUCCAGCGAUCAGGAUGACGAGGACGAAGAGGAUGACGAAGAAAUGGAAGUUUCCGACUAGCGUAGAAGUAAGAUUAGUGUUUUGUUAUGUACACCGGAAAAAAUAAUUGUAUAUUACAUUACAAUAUACGUUAAAGUUUACUGUAGCCGUGAAUGAA